AAUCCCACACAAUAUAUCAAUUCGUAGACAGGACAUAAACAAAAUAUUUCCAAAUUUGAUAAGCCGUUACCAUUAAGCAAUGGCAGUCAACUUGAACACUCAGCAAGUCGAGGAAUCAAAACAGAAGGGCAUGACGGAUUCAACCCGCGACAAUGACCCCAAGAUGACUUUCCACACCGAUUUGGUAAUCAAUGAUAUAAUCGCCAGAUCCCUGGAAUCCCAGGCAAAUCCGUUAACGAAGGAGCCAUCAUCAAGCAUCUCAUUUCGAACCACGGCCCGCAUUAUAAUGAUGCUGAAUAGGACUUUGAAGAGGGCAUCAUCAUCCUGCAAUCGACUACUGGAGUCUCUGCCCGAGGACAUUGAUUACUGGCGCAAUCUGGCCGAAUCCCGCGGAGUGGCGAUCCAACGCUAUCAGCGGGUCGUGGACACCCAGCGCAGGCGAAUCGAAACCCUGGAGCGCGAUCUCCAAACCCUGGUCCGAUUGGCCCGCGAAACCCAACAAAUGCUGGCCGAGAUUGGAGCCGAGAAGAGGGCCAAGCAGGAGCGUGGCCAUGGCGAACACGCCAAUUAGAUUUUCCACUUUCGAACUUUCAUUAGGAGUCUUCACAAACCAAGAGUUAUUGUAAUUUGGUUAUGCCUUCUUAUAUUAGUUAUAUCGGCAAUAAUGGGUUCGGUAUUCCAAAAAUUGUUUAAAUUGUUUAUAUUUAUUGAAUAGUAAAUUUACUGCAAGUCGAAAUUUUUCAUUAAACAUAUUUCAAAAGUUAAUUAAAUAUUUAGGACAGAAGACCAUCAA